AUGGAAGGUAUUGGCGGCACUUCAGCAACGGCACCGCAGUUCGCCACCACCCUCACCAUUCGUUCACGUCACUCGCCAUAUGAGAUCGAAGUUUACGCCAAAAUCUUGCGAACUAUCACGCAUUAUACAUCGCAGAUAGCUCCUGAGGUCAUUGACCUGCUCCAACAACCAGGUGUGCCACUGGCUGACGAUUUCCGCUACGAUUCGCCAAUUGAUAUCCUGUUGGGAGCAGAAUAUUGGGCCACCAUCAUGCAAGCUGGAAAGCUUGAACUCACCUCUAGCAUCCCACCUUUGCUGAAUUCGAAUUUUGGCUGGUUGGUGUCCGGUAGUAUGAUGCUCACCCCCUCCGCUCCUUCUGCCGCCGAUAUGUGCUGUUUCACUUUGGAAGAACAACUCCGUCAAUUCUGGGAAAUUGAGGAUGCGCCCAUAGUCUCGUCACUUUCUCAGGUCAAGAAAUUGACCCCAGCCGAGCUGGAAUGUGAGACCUAUUUCACCAAAACCACAACUCGCGAUCCCACUGGUCGUUAUGUCGUCAGAUUGCCAUUUAAUGAAAAAGUCUCUCAACUAGGCAACUCCUAUCGCACAGCUGAGCGACAAUUCUACCAAAUUGAAAACCGAAUGCGACGCGACUCCGACUACCGUGCAAAGUACCAUGCAGUGAUGCGAGAUUACGAGCGUCUGGGCCACAUGCAGCCUGCCAAAGCGUCUGAAGGCUCAAAUUACUUUCUACCGCAUCAUGCUGUUACGCGACCAGACGACCCUGCCAAAUUUCGCGUCAUUUUCAACGGCUCUCAGAAAACUAGCACUGGUAUUUCGUUGAACGAUGUUCUACACAUUGGUCCUGCCAUUCAACGCCAACUAUCGCCAGUUUUUGCCGGAUUUCGUCGCCACCUUGUUGCUUUCAUGGCUGAUAUGGAGCAAAUGUACCGUCAGAUUGGAGUCAACUUCACAGACAUCCAAUACCAACAAAUACUUUGGCGUUACUCUCCAAAUGACCCGUUACUCGCUCACUACCUGACCACCGUCACCUUUGGCGUUGGACCAUCUGCCUGGUUGGCUCUACAAACCAGUGAGCAACUUGUAGCUGACAAAGGUCACAAUUUUCCAGCUGCCGCGCCAGUCCUCCUUAAGGAUCGUUACAUCGACGAUGUAUCAUCAGGUGCGGAGUCCAUUGAAGCAGCUCGCCAGCUUGUAAGUGAGCUCUCUCAAUUGUGCGCUAGAGGCCAAUUCAACUUACGGAAAUGGGCUUCCAACGAACCAGAGGCGAUCUCCAACGUCACCCACAAGGCAGAAGCAAAAAGUUUCUCAUUUGACAAGGAUGGUCGAUAUUCCAAGGUCCUUGGUAUGUUGUGGGAAACUGACUCUGACGAACUCGCCUACCAUGCCAACCUGCCAGAAAUUGAAGGAACCCUUACCAAACGAAAGCUUCUUUCAUAUCUUUCAAGGAUUUUUGAUCCACUUGGUCUUCUCUCACCAAUAACGAUCGUUGCCAAAUGCCUUCUCCGAGAGCUAUGGUUACAGCCUGUUACGUGGGACGCACCACUGAGCCACGACAUCAAAGCUGCCUAUAACACAUUCAGGUCUCAAACGAAUGAGCACCUCCACCGCAUCCGAAUACCUCGUCAUGUUGGACUGUCACCUACAGUAACCUACUCCUUGCAUGGCUUCAGCGAUGCAUCCGAAACUGCCUACGCCUGCUGCGUUUACAUAAAGGUCACCUUUGAUUCUGGAAAAUCAAUGACGCACUUAAUCGGUGCAAAAACGCGUGUGGCUCCAGUGAAAACUAUAUCAAUACCGCGCCUGGAGCUAUGUGGAGCAGUGUUGCUCUCACGCACCAUCACUAGCCUCGCUGAUACGUAUCCCUGCGUCAAGGAGCAACGUUUUGGUUACACCGAUUCGACCAUAGUGCUCUCCUAG